AGUCGCGAUAAACAGAGGACGAUCGCGCCAGCGUAUCUCGCCGUCUCCUUAGCGCGGUCUUUCAUCGGUUACCAUUGGCCAAUCGUCGAACUGAUUAGGCACGUACGGACUCGCUAGCUCUUUUCCUGAUAUAACUCAGUUCCUUCGGACUGUGUGUGUGUAUACCACUGUGAUCGAGAGAGUAAGGAUUAUUACGCUUGCUCUGUGAUUACCGAGAGCUUGAGUGGGGAGAAAUUUGCCUAUCCAAAAGAGAAUUAUCAGUGACAAAUUAUUUUAGCCGUGCGGGUAAUGGCUGAAUGCAAGGAGCAGGCUACUUAUAUGUUUAACAACUUCGAGUUGAAGAGAUGGCUUCACGGAGACGAAAAUCGUCGUCGUACGCUGCUGGUCAAGCUAAAGGAUGAUCUGCGGAAGCUGGGAUUAUCGAGGCGGGCGACACGAGCAGGACUCGUGCAACUUGCGAUGAAGCCAUGCGUGAUUCUAAAACGAUUGUCAGGUCCCCGUUGCAGAAAGAAGUUACUGCAAUCAUCGCAUAAUAAGCAUAAUUUCGUUCACAACGAAAGGUUGCAAAACAAUCAUCGAGACGAUGCCGAAAACAACCGAUUAGAAGACAACUCGCAAGAUAUUGUUCAACACACAUCCGAUGCACAAAUUCCAAACGCUGCUGUUGGAACAAUAUUGAUUAAUGCGGUGGACGCUAAUAAAACGUGUCAAAAUAAGAUUCAAGAGUGUUAUUUAUCCAGAAAAGAAUCGUCAGAUGGCACUAAACAAGAUUUUAGUCAAAAAGUAACAACAAAUGUUUCUCAUAUUGAUGUUACAUCAACAAAUUAUAGAGAUAUUUCUGCAAAAAAAUCUGCUAUUGAAGCGUCACCUAGCUUUUCCUCGUCGGAGGAUGAAUCGCUGAAUAAACAUAUACAAAAUAUUGUUCAUGAAUUUAUAAACAAAUCAUCAGAUAUAAUUAUACCAAUUCAAUUGAAGGAACAUUCAGACUCUAAAAGUAGCAUCGAUCCCUUGAAAGAUAUUUUUAGAAGAGAACAUAAGGAAAAGAAAGAAUGUGAAGUAAGACAAGAAUUUUCCCCAGUAAAAAGCAAACUGUUAGAUAUAUCACAAGAAGAUUCCUAUAAAUCUAAAACUGAUAAUAUCCUUGAUAGUAAUAUUAGCUCAAGCAAUGCAAUAAUUUCAGAAUCAAAAACAUAUGCAAAAGUAAAAGUAAUUAAUUUCAUAGGUAAGAUUCAAAACGUGUCUGCUUCAGAAAAAUCAGAAAAGUCAAUUGAACAUAUCGAUACAGUGUUACAUCAAAUGCUCAUAAAGGAAGAUGUUAAUAAAGCAAAAAUAUAUUUAGAAUCUAAAAAUCCGCAAACAGAGAGUCAACCUAUCGAAACAAAUUCUAAAACAACAAUUAAAAGAAAGAUACGUUCCGGAAGUUUAGAUCGCAAUAUAUCGUUGAUAAAGGUACGAAGAGAGAAUGAAGUGAAUAUGUCACCAAAAAAAGUAGUAGCAGAUAGUACUAUUGGAAUAUCUCACUAUGAAAUGCUAUCCGAUAAUGAAUUAGUUCACACAACAAAUCAAAGAAAUGAGGCGAGCACGAAAUGUAUAAUAAGAGAAAGAGGAAGUUCUAAAUUCCUGAAGCGAAUAAGGGAACGACAUAGGAAAGAAAAUAAUAUGAAGAUUAUAAAGAUACGAGCAAAAUUUCAUGAAUGUUUUCGACGCAAUUUCGACCCCGACACAAGUGAAAGUGAAGAGGAACGCGAAAUUCUGUUGAAUCUGAAGAAAAAUAAACAACAGUUUGAUGAGCCAUUACAUAAUAAUAUAACAGAAGAAAAGGUAGAAUAUAUUUUUGAAAGAAAUAAGUUAACACAUGAUUUAUCGGCUAAUAACUGGCAGAAAAAUAUAGAGAGCACAAUACCAGAUAAAAUAAGGUCCGACAACUUACACGAUUCUACUGUAUCCGACAAAGAAUACACUCUGCACGAUGCUGUAACAGAAAAACAGAUAGAAGAUAGUACAUCGUUAGAUAAAUGUGCUACGUUAAUUAACAAUUCACAGGAAAGUACAGAGAACAUAAACUUAGAUAAUUUAUGCGAUUCUAGCACAUGCGCUGAAAAGUUUGAUACUAUGAGCGAUGUUACAACAGAUGAAGAAAUAUCGAUAUGUAAACGUAUAAACACUUCUAUCAAUGAUCCACAAAAAGAUAUAUCAGAGAACAUGUACUCUGAUAUUUCAUGCGAUUCCGAUGCAUGCACCGAAAAAUAUUCUCCGUCCAAUGUUACAACAGACGAGGAGGCAGAAAAAGCAUUGAUUUGUGAACGUGGCACGUCAGAUAAUAAUUUUCAGAAAAAUGUAAAAAAAAAUAAAAAGAACGCAAUUUGGGCUAAAAUAAAAUUUAAGAAUUCAAACAAUUCCUCUACAUACAAAGAAAAGUAUUAUGCUAUGACAGAAAAGAACAUAGAAGAUGGAGCAGCAGUAUGUAAUUAUAAUAUGUCGACUAAUAAUUUGCAAGGAAAUAUAGAUGUACCGGCUGAAAUAAGAUCUGAUAAUUCAAGCGAUUCUUCUAAUUGUAACAAGAAGUAUUGUGCUACAAAUGUUAUUGUAACAAGAAAGGAAAUAAAAAAUAAAGCAUUGAUAUAUACGAAUAAUACGUUAACUAAUAAUUCACAGGAAAAUAUAGAGAACGCAAUACCAGCUAAAGCAAAAUCUAAUAAUUUAGGGAAUUUCAUUGCAAGAACCAAAAAAUGUGAUAUUACAACAAAAAAGAAGAUAAAUAAUGACGAAUCAAUUAAUGAUGAAUCGAUAUGCAUGUUACCUGAUAAUUCACAGAAAAAUAUAGAGAGCGCAAUACCGCUUGAAGUGAUGGCCGAUAAUUCGUGCAAUUCCACUGUAAAUACCGGAAAAUACGUUAAACACAAUACUAUAACAGAUGAAAAGAGAGAUGGAGCAUCAUCGAUAUAUAAACACAGCACAUCUAAUGAUUCGCAAGAACAUAUAAAGAGCACAAUAUCGGCUGAAGUAAAUUUCGAUAAUUCGUGCAUUUCCAUUUCAAAUAUCGAAAAAUAUUCUACGGACAAUAUUGUAACAGACGAAAAGACAGAAGAUGGAGUAUCAACAUGUAAAUGUGAUACACCUGUCAAUAAUUCACAGGAAAAUAUAGAGAGUGUAAUACCAGUUGAAGUACAAUUCGAUAAUUCAUGCGACUCUGAGUGCGAAAUUCAUUCCACUGUAAGUGUCGAAAACCAUGACUCUAUGCACGAUAUUGCAAAAGAUGACAAAGUAAAAAAUAGAGCAAUAUGUAAGCAUAACAUGUCAGCUAAUGAGUCAGAAAAUAUAGAAAAUGUAGUCUCGGCAGAAAAACAGGGUAUACAGAAUUCUUCGUCAAUUAACGACACGGAAAAUAAUAGUAAAUGUGAUAUUAGCGCGAAACAUAAUAUGCCGUCCACGAUUGAAAUAAAUUUAGAUGAAAAUAUGAGUAUAGAAAAUAUAUAUUUAAAUAAAAAUAUAAAAAAAAAAGCAGAUACCACUUACAAGAAAGCGGAAGAAGUAAGUGUACAAUCUGCAUUACAAAAUCUGCAAAAGAAUCAAGAAAUGCGCAAUGUCGAAAGUAUUGAUUUAGCGCAACGCAAAAACAUGCAAAAAAAUGCAACGUCAAAUUUGGAAUUGCUAAUCAUGUCUACAUUUGAAUCAACAUCGUACAAUGUUGGCAAAAAAGACAAUCGUGACAUGUUAGAAAAAAAUGUCGAAAAUUUAUCGUUAUCAAGUAACGAUAACAUUGGGAAAGACGAAAAAACAAUUGAUCAGCUUUCAAUGAUAACAUCAAAAUUAAAAAAAAAUUCUUCGGAAGAAAAAAGUAACGAUUCUUUUUCGAUAUCACAGUCAAAUUCAUCUAGCAAAUCAAAUUAUAGUGAUAAUUGCUCAUUGGACAUUCACUUAACAGAUGAUGACAACAGUAGUGAUAUUGAAGUAGAAAUAAAAAUAAAACCCAAAUUAAAAUCUCGAGUAUCACGGAAAUUUUCAUUAAAAGCACCUUGGUCUGCAGUAAAUACAUGUAUCAAAAACUUACACACACUUAAGGAUAACCCAAGCUUUCUUAAUGAACUUUUGCAGAUGGAUCAUAGAACAUUUGAAAAGUCUAAUCGCAAGAUCACAAAUACAAGAGAAAAAGAAGACAAUACGUCAUUAGAUAAUGUUAAUGUUACUGCCGAGACUGACGAAAUCAUAUGUGAUUCUAGUCCUACUACUAAAGAUGAUGAAAAUCAUUCUCAACAACGAAAUUCUCCAGACCGUCCAAUUUUAAACGAAGAUAGAAAUAUGAUAGCCUAUGAUGAUGAAAAAGAAAAAGAUGAAUGCACUCAAUCUCUCAUACAGACGACUCCAAUAAUAACUGAAAACAAUCUUGACUCAAGUAGACUUGUGUGCGAUACAUCCGAUUUGGGAAAACAGUCACAAAAGGUUAUCACAAACGACAAACAGAAAAACAACGAAGAACAAAAUUUUCAAGAUAAAACAACUUUAGAGGGAACUAAAAAUGUGGUGGAGCAUAAUCAGGUUGAAGAAGUUGAAAUAUUGUCUGUCGAGAGAAAGAAACCGCAGAUAACGACAGAAAAUAGUUCUAAAUCAAUUAAAGCUGCAUACGACACGCCUGAUGUAGCAGAACAGUUACCACAAACUUCCUCGGAUAUGACACAUAAGAAAGUACGAGUCCGUUCUAUUGCGGAACUUAGUUGUCAGUGUGUCGAGAAAUCUAGUCCGAAUGCAUCAAUUCCAAGGAGUGUAUGCUCAGCAUUCUGUCAGUCAGCAUCUCAAUCGGCAACUAUUCAUUCAAUAUCUUCUCAAUCAGCACCUCAAUCAACAUCUUUUCAACCAGCACCUCCAUCAGUGUUUUUUCAAUCAGCACCUUCUCAAUCGAUACUUUUUCAACCAGUACUUCCUCAAUCAACAUGUCCUCAGUUAGGACAUCCUUCAUUAGUACCUCCUCGAUUUACAUCUUCUCAAUCAACAUCUUCUCAGUCAGUAUCCAAACGGCCACCGCCAUCAUCGUAUAACGCCACUUUUAAACAUACAUACCUCUCACCUAAUACAAGUUCCGCGGUUGCACCGGUUGAAAUUAAUACUCCAAAUAAUAACAACGCUCUCAGAAAUUUAAUACAGAUUACAAUAAAAAAUAUCUGCACCCAUGUUGGAUAUUGCCGCAGUCUUAAUCAAUAUAAUCAUGUAAGAAUAAAUUUUCCUAAAGAUUACGUACAAGGAUUAUCUACAACUAUGCAACAAAUAAGUCAAGACUUAGAAAACUUGAAAACAUGGCUGAAUAUGAAGGAUAUUGACAGCACGUUGAUUCAUAUUAAUUUUUAUAUGCCAAAAAAUCAACCAGUGACAGUUUCGGAAUUGAAGAACUAUGUGCAAAUUUGUUAUGACUUAUACUUUUCACAACAAAAUUAUGCAAACUCGUUACAAUAUCCGAAUAUUAGCAGAUUACUUUCAAAUGCAUCAUUGUCGAAUGUCAACGCGCAACAGUUUUCGAGAAAUGCUUCAUUUCCAGAUGCGAGAAUACCAAAUCGUGAUACAUUCAUGCAAUCUUCAACAAUGCCAUGUCCAGCACCAACGAUCCCAAAUAUCAGCCAGCAGCAAUUGAUCAGAAAUUCGGCUAAUUCUACACAAGUACCACACUCGAGACAAUCUAGGCCAAAUAUUCAUCAAUCAUAUAUGUCUUAUGUACCACCUACAGCACAGUCACAUAUGCCGAACGUUAAUCAACAACAAUCUUUAGAAAAUACGAGUCAUCCGGUACAAGGCCGAUAUAUGCCAGCAAAUAUGUUGAAUGUUGGCGUUCAACAGGGUUUGGUAAUUAUGAGUAAUAUUUCAUCAUCGAAUGUUAAUAUGCACUCGUAUGAAUCAGUAAAUCAAGGAAACACAAACGUGUCUCCUACAACUAACACGAGACAAGUAUACACCACUUUGCAACAAAAUACAAUUAGCAAUACUGCAACUGCAUCUGCUGCUAAUAACAUGGAACAACAGAAACAAAUGUAUCCUCAGACAUCGCAAAUAAACUCAAGAACAACAGUUUAUCCACCGCCUAUGACAAAUCAAAAUAAUUCUCUUGGAAUACGCCAAACUGUGCCAGGCUAUGACAAUGUCAACUUAACUGGAUCUUUCACAAUAAAUCCUGAUACCUCAAGAACCAACGCUGCAAUGGGAAAUGCUAGACAUAGGAGCACAAAUGUGAAUCAGCAGCAAGUAAACUGCAAUCCACAAGUAUCUCAAAUAUCUUCAGGAAAAACGCAGUUUUUGCCGCAAUACGAUCCAAAACAAACUUAUUUUAUUGUAUCUCAAUCUGCACAUUGCAACAUACAAACGCAUCCUGUUCAGAAUACUUUGCCAGAUCAAAACGUGUGGCAGAUACCGCAGCAGCAAUUGGCGGCAAAUCAAGGGAAUACAAGAAUGUCUCCUACAACCAACAGGAAACAGUCAUACGUCGUGUGGAGAAAUGUAAUUAGCAAUACUGCAAUCGAAAAAAGUCAAAGAUACAUCUUGCCCAAAGAUACAUCCACAUGUCCAAUUGAUCUAUCGAUUAACGAUAUCCCGCAGAAUAUGCAACAAAACAUGUCGCAACAUAAAUUGCCAGUAAAUCAAGGGAAUGCAAACAUGCUUCCUACAAUCAAUACGAAACAAUCACACAUCACAUCAAAAAAUCCAAUUAACAGUACAACCGUAAAAAGCCAGCGUGUAAUAUCCGAAGAUAUAUCUAUAUGUCCAAUUAAUCUAUCGAUUAACAAUACAUUGCAAAAUAUGCAAGAAAACGUACUGAAUAAAGAAGCAGAGAUAGCAGAGUCACAAAAUACAAAUCUCAUGCAAAAGAAGUCACAAUCUAUAAAUCUGCAACAAGAUGCACAUCAAGAAAUUCUAAGCGGAUGCAAUAAACUGCAAAAUGUUAGCACUGUUUCGGAAACUUCUACGCAAAGAUUGAGUAUUUUACAAAGUAUGAUGUCUACAAUAUCUCCAAAAAAAAAUAAUGCAGUGUUAUUUUUGUCCGAAAUCGAACGAAAAAAGCAAAGAAACAAAGUUACGUUCUCUAAUAAUCUGGCGAUUCUAACGGACAUUCAGAAAAUUCUAUUGCGUGAUCAAAUAAAAUCGUAUUUUAUCAUGUGGGACGAACUGAAAAAUUUACUUAGCAAGCAGGAAUUCGAACGAGUACAUAAUGAGAGAAUAAUAUUGUUUUACUCGUACUUAAAUUUAGAUGAUUACAUAAAGAGCAUGAUAAACGAGUCACAGACCGUUAAAAAAUCCGUCGAAAAAAGUUCACAAGAUAAUACGUCACAAAACAAGUCAACAUUACAAGCGAAUACAAUAGAAACAUCCGUAGACAAGUUAACGAAGGCUCAACUUAAUCAAGACAAUGAAAAUAGUUUAGAAUGUAAUAGGAUUUUAGAAAAGCAAUCAGAACAAAGUAUUGAUCCGAAUAUUUCAAAGAGUCCAAAAUUUACGGCGGUAAAGAGUAAUUUAGAAGCAUCAAAUGAAAAGUCACCUUAUACGUCUGUGAUAACUAAGAAAUCCCUUCCAAAAAACAUAAGAUUACAAGAACAAGAUAAUACACUAAAGAAGCAAUCCAAAAAAAGUUCAUUGAUCGAUAUGGAAAAAGAAUCUCAGAGUACAAAAACAUUGUCGCCGGAAAAGAAGUUGAUCUCAGAAAUGUCUGCCAAGAAUUUGAAAACGAAAACGCAAGAUAAUGCGAAAAUUAACGAGUUUCUAAAAGUGACAAGUUUAUAUGAUUCCUCCCUUCUUAAACAAAGUCUACCGAAUUUAUUACAGGAUGUGUCAACUGAGAACACAAAAGAUCAAUCAGAAAUUACAACAAAUAAUAUAAACAAGAGAUUUAGUAAUGUAGAAAUGGAAAACAUACGCGAAACUUCUGACAUUGUAACAUUAAAUAGUAGCAAACAAAACGAUGCGACAUCACAAGCUCAGUAUAACACGAAAGAUCAAAAUGAAAAACUACAAUCUGAUCCAUUGAAUAUAUUGCGUAUUUCAGAAUCGUCCUCAUCAAACAUCAUACAGGAAUCGAUAUCUCCGAGAAAAUAUCUCGGAAAGAAAUGUGAAUCUACCGAAAUAUCGGAGCCACAUAUCGCAGAUGAGGAACACGUCGAAGCAACAUCAGAAUUUUGCUUAAAUAUACAGCAACAAGAUCCUACGAAUGAACGAAGUAAUGAUUCUACUGAAACAUUUGAAAGUUUUGGGAAACUGUAUAUUGACGAAAGUGCGAUGCAAAACCAGUGCGAUAAGAUAUCGUCUUUUGAAGAAGAUAACUUAAAAUCACAAGAUUCAAUAGAACUAUUUGAUACAAUAAGCUGCGAUUCUGUGAAAGUAACAUCAUUCUCUCUUCUCAAAAACACUGCUAAGGAAGAUUUAUCUAAUACACAUCAAGAUUUCAAAACUGAAACACAAGACAUUGAGGAAUUCAAUGAACAUGAGGAACUCAAUGAACACCAGUCGUUAGAAAUAGAAAAGAUGCAGCUACAGAAUGUAUCAUUGAAGUUUGAAGAUGAAUGCAAUAUGAGAGAAAGUGUGAUACAAUCGAGCAAUACUAUAAAGAAACAUGAAGAUAUAAUAGAAGAAAAUGAUGAGCUAUUAAUAGUAGAGGAGGUCGAUUUUCAAGAAAUGUCAUUAAAACAUAAAGUUUCAAAAGACACAUUGCAUGUCGAAGAGAGCAUGAUAGAGUCGAUCUAUUUAAAACAUCCUGAAGAUAUAGAAGAGAAAAAGAUAGAAAUAAACACUCAAAAGCUUCCUGAAAAUAUAGAAGAAGAAAAGACGGAAAUAGAUACUUACAGUAUUAUUGAAAUGGCCAAUAAAAAUAGUGAGCAAUCACUAUUAACAAUAGAGGAGAUCGGAUUUCAGAAAAUAUCAAAAUUUAGAGAUCCGGAAGAUACAUCAAGUAUCGAAGACAACUCAAUAGAGUCAAUUUACUUACAACUUCCUGAAGAUAUAGAAGAGGAAAUGAUAAAUAUAGACACUCAAGAACUUCUUGAAGAUAUAGAAAAGAAAAAGACGAAAAUGGAUACUCACAGUGGUAUUAAAGCAAUCAAUGAACAGCUCAAACAUGUAUCCGAACAAAAAUAUGGAAAAUCGCGUACUCGUGCACUUAAUUCCUUUCCAAGAGACGAUUCUCUCGAUGUAAAUGAAACAGAAGUUUCCGCCAAAACUGAUUUUCUUGACGCCGAUGAUGUUGAAUAUCUUUCCCUGAAAAGCGAUGACUCCAAUAGCAUGCCGAGUAUCUUGAACAUUAGGAGAAUUUCGGAUGAGAUAGAUGAGAGGCUCUGUUUACGCUGCAAACGCAAAAGUGUGGUAUAUUGUCAGGCUUGCUUGGAAGCUCAUUAUUGCUCCAAACGUUGUUCAUCUUUACAUUGGAACGCGGAACACUACAAGCAAUGCAAGGGUCGUAAUUCGAUUAUCUGUAUCGAUGAGUAG